GUGAAAAUCCCGAGGGUGAAAGAAACGCCACCACUCAACCUAUAAUGCUACACAAUUUUUUUGCAAACGCAUAAUUUUCACCGAAAGCCGAAAGAAAAGUUAUCAAAAAACGUAGUAAAACACUGGAGAAAAACAGCUAAGCAGUAAGAACAACGAUGAGCGAGUUUCAGCAGCAAGGUGGCAUCAAUCAAUCGCAGGCACUCGCCCAGGCAAUCCAGCGUGCCAAGCAGAUCGCGGCGAAGAUCCAGCCGAGCCAGCAGGGCGGCGCCACAGCGGGUCCAUCGCCACCGUCUUCCGGUGGAGCGCCCAGCUAUAAGCGAAUGAACGAUGACGACGACAGCGGUCCGGAGCGCAAACGCUCCUUAGGCAGUCCGGAUUACGGCAGCCAUAGCCCCAACAUGAGCAGCGGGGGCGGCGGCGGAGGUGGUGGUCAGGGCGGUGCCAGUAUUACCCAGGCAAUCGCCCAGGCAGCUGCGGUAGCGGCUCGUUUGGCCGCCUCGGCUGGCACAAGCUGUGAGGAGCAGAUUCGACUGCCCGAAUCGGUGGCUGGCGCCUUUAUGGGCCGCGCCAGCAAUGACACCAUCACCCACAUCCAGGCGGAGUCCGGUGUGAAAGUGCAGGUUAUGCAGGAUCAAGAUCGCGUAAUCAUGCUGCGUGGCCAAAGGGACACGGUGACCAAGGGCCGCGAAAUGAUUCAGAACAUGGCCAAUCGAGCUGGCGGUGGACAGGUGGAGGUGCUGUUGACAAUCAACAUGCCGCCACCGGGACCCAGCGGGUAUCCGCCUUACCAGGAGAUCAUGAUUCCGGGCGCCAAGGUAGGCUUGGUCAUUGGCAAGGGCGGCGACACCAUUAAGCAGCUGCAGGAGAAGACCGGAGCCAAAAUGAUCAUCAUCCAGGACGGACCCAACCAGGAGCUAAUCAAGCCCCUUCGCAUUUCCGGCGAGGCGCAGAAGAUAGAGCACGCCAAGCAGAUGGUGCUCGACCUGAUUGCCCAGAAGGAUGCCCAGGCUCAGCAGCAAGGCGGCCGCGGGGGUGGUGGAGGUGGCGGUGGUCCUGGCAUGGGAUUCAAUAACUUCAACAACGGCAACGGCGGCGAGAGCGUCGAAGUGUUUGUGCCCAAAAUUGCAGUUGGUGUGGUAAUCGGCAAGGGCGGCGAUAUGAUCCGUAAAAUACAAACCGAGUGCGGCUGCAAACUGCAGUUCAUUCAGGGAAAGAACGACGAAAUGGGUGACCGCAGGUGCGUCAUUCAGGGCACUCGCCAGCAGGUCGAGGAUGCCAAACGCACCAUUGAUGGGCUAAUUGAGAACGUGAUGCAACGAAACGGCAUGAAUCGCAACGGCAAUGGAGGAGGCGGUGGCCCAGGAGGAGACUCUGGCAACUCCAACUACGGCUAUGGAUACGGCGUUAAUCACGCCCAAGGUGGACGGGAGGAAAUUACAUUCCUAGUUCCAGCUUCCAAAUGUGGAAUUGUCAUUGGUCGAGGCGGUGAGACCAUUAAGCUGAUCAACCAGCAAUCUGGAGCCCACACCGAAAUGGAUCGCAAUGCCAGCAAUCCCCCCAAUGAGAAGCUCUUCAAAUCCAAGGGCACCACCGACCAGGUGGAGGCAGCCCGCCAAAUGAUUUCCGAGAAGAUCAACAUGGAGCUUAAUGUCAUUUCCCGCAAGCCCAUCGGUGCAGGUCCCGGCGGUGGUGGCGGAAAUUCGGGCGGUGGCCAGAACAACUCUCACCACAAUCAGCAGCAAGGCGGCUAUGGCGGCCAGAAUCAAAUGCAGGGCGGUGAUCCCAAUUCUGGAGCUGGCUAUCAACAACAGCCUUGGGGUGGACCAUACGGUCAGCAGGGUUGGGAUCCGUCCGGUCAACAGCAGCAGCAGCAAAUGGCCAUGGCUAAUCAAGGAGCCGCUGCUGCGGGCGGAGGGGCUGGUGGCCAAGACUACUCGGCGCAGUGGAUAGAGUACUACAAACAAAUGGGAUGCCAUCGAGAGGCUGAAAUGAUUGAGCAGCAAAUGAAGGCCAAGCAGUCGGGCGGCUCCUCAGGUCCUGUCCAGCCGCAACAGCAGCAACAACAAGCCCAGCAAUCCCAACAGCAGCCAGGAGGCGCCGGUGCCGGAGGAGCCGACUACAGUGCCCAAUGGGCGGAGUACUAUCGCAGCGUGGGCAAGAUUGAAGAAGCGGAGGCCAUCGAGAAGACAUUAAAAAACAAGCAACAGAAUGGAGCCGGUGGCCAGAGCAAUGCGCCGAAUCCCAGCCAAGGCGGUCCCAACCCCGGCCAGCAGCAGUCCAAUCCCGCUGCGGCAGCGGCUGCAGCAGCUGCUGCUGCAGCGGCGGCCGGUGGUUAUGGCCAGAGCAUGACGCCCAGUCAGUAUGCACAGUAUUCGCAGUAUUAUGCAGCUGCGGCUGCAGCUGGUGGUCAGCCUCAGGGAGCGCCUCAGCCUGGCGGAGGGCAGGGCGGCGGUCCGCCGACGAACUAUCCUGGCAAUUAUCCGGGCGCUGGCUACGGCGGCUAUCCCGGUGCGCCGGGCCAACAGCAGCAGCAGCAAAAAUCGCACAAAAACGACAAACACUGAGGACGUUCGAUGGGAUCGAAAUCAGGUGCGGAAAGGAGGCGUAUUUGGGAGUGGAAGCGAACGCCGAAGUGGAAGAUGCUGUGGUCUGAGGACGAUGCAGGUGCCUUGAAUGGGGUGAGUUCCUAUGCCAAAACAUUUCCAGUAGUUGUCUGAGGAGUGUGUUUAUGUAUAUCUAUUGAAAUUGAAUUGCCGCCCAUAAAUUGUGCAUUACGUAUUUUUGCUUUACCCAUCUGCUUUAAAUGGUCGCUUUAUUUUAUAAAAUCAGUACUCUCCCUUUCUGCAUUUCAUAUAUUCUUACACAAUGCAAUUAUGGGUCGACAUUUUCCAAUUAAGUUCAUACAAAUUGGUAUUUUGUUUAAACUCAUUGGGUUUAGACAAUGAUAAUCAUCUGCAAUAGUAGUGGCCGUCAUUGGAUGGGCUCUACGUUUCAGAUGAUAGUCAUUUUCCUCCGAAUCUAAGUUUGUUGGCUCAAUUGGAAGAUGGUGUGAUCCAACGCCUACAUAAUGACUUGUAAUAUCCUAACCCAAUCUUGUUUACCAUGCGUAAAACUCUUUGCAGUGAUCUAUUGUUCUACUAUGUCCUAUGUCUUUUAAUCCCCUCACAAAACUAGCAAAUCAGAAAUGAAAAGCAAAAGCAAAUGAUUUUUAAUUGCAAUAACAACAGCAAAAGCAAAAGCAGAAGCAUCACCACACAGACAACACACGGCGGAAUGGAGACGGCGGACAUCAGGCGAGGACCCGGAUAAAUCAGCCAAUCGAUCGGAGAACGUUUAGCUUUUGCAGAAAUGUAAAUUAAUAUUAUUAACAUUGUCUAUUAUUUGGAUAUUGCCUAUAAUUUCCCCACUAGUUUGUAAGCGAUUUCCUCGAGAUCCUAAGUCUACAUUUACCUAAUAAUUAUACAUAAUUCCGACCGAAUGAAACAUAAUGCUCUUGCUGUUCAUGAUCACCACUUGCACAGACAUACAAAGAGAAGCUAAUUGAAUCCGUUUUGGGUGUUUUGUUCAUUUUUUUAUACACAUCUGCAUAUAUAUAUAUACAUCGCAUAUAUAGGUUCUUUCACCGUCUAUUCAGGCAACCAAUCUGCAGUGGGUGUUUUAGUAUUGAAAGACACCCUUUGUGACAAAUUCUCAAUUGCAAUAGCUGAAGUACUAUAAAGUUAGCAGCGUACGCAUAUAUUUACAGCAAUAAAGAUAACGAACGUUUUAUAUACAUGAACUCAUUUUCACGUACUUAGCUUAGCUUAGUUGUACUAAAAACCAUUUGAACUAGUUAUGAUCUACAUUUACACAUGAUCUAUAUGUCUGCUGAUCUGGUAAGAAUUAAACGAUUUGAUCGAACCUUUUAUAAAAAUUUGAUUCAAGUGAGGGCCUGGUAAAAAGGUUAUCUUCAUUAAUUGAUAUAAUAUUUUGCAUAACAAUAUUUUCAUCUUUCAGUUCUGGAGAUUCCAUGAAAUCAUUUUUGUACCACUAAGGUGAAACUGAACUGACUUUUAAAUUAUUUCCUUGUCUAUAUUUGUAUUUUUUCAAUUAUAAACCUGGUUUCAAUACACUUGCAAUAUUUACCUUUAAACGAACGCGCAAGAUAAUCAUGCUUGUAAAUUAAUAUCUAUUUCACCAAAUGCAAACAUAAAGUAUGUUAUUUUCAGAGGCCGCUCUUCAGACCAGUUAUUAGCAGAAAUACGAAAUCAAACCCCAAAACUUUUUCACACUAUAACAAACGAAAAAACAAAAACACGAUGAAAUACGAACCACAUAUAUUGUAAAAGUGUCAAACUUGGUAAGAUUGUGUGUUGUUAUUACUGUCUAUUAAAAACAUAUUGCAAUUCAAACAAUGAAACUUACCCAAUGAAUGUAGGUCUACCAUAAUUUAGUCUUAAUAUCGACAUAUAAUCUAAGUUUUACGUCUCCCCAAAUAUCUGAUUGUUGCAACAGCAGAUGAACCAUAUUGUAACCGUUGUUCGGCCACGCAGGAUCAGUUCGGGACUAACAUCCAAAUCCUGAUCUCCGUCCUGCAGCCGACAAAGCAUUGAAUAAACAUUUAAUAUACCGUAUAAUAUAUAUCCACAUA